AUGGCGAAAAUUGCAUGGAAUUCCAGGGAACGGGAUUGCCUAAUAGCUGAACAGGGCUACACCAUUGAGCAAUUGACUCGGAUGAAUCCCCCAGCUUUUUCAGGAAGUGCCGACCCAAUUAAUGCAAAGAAUUUGGUACAAGAGAUUGAUAAGGUUUUGGCAGUACUAUGCUGCAUUGACGAGCAAAAAGUUCUCUAUGCCACAUUCAAGUUGACGGGUGAGACCAAGCGAUGGUGGUUAGCGGUGAAGCUACUGGAGGAGCAGAGGCCAAUACCCAUAGCAUUGAAUUGGGGUCGUUUUAAGGAGAUCUUCUAUCAUUGGUACUUCCCCGCCUCCAUUUGGGACUAUGCAGCCAAGUUCGUGGAAGUGUCUCGUUUCACCCAAUACAUGACUCCAGAUGGGUUAAAAAAGGUGCAGAGAUUUGAGAAGGCCUUGAGGCAGGAGAUAUAUGAACAGGUGGCGGUUUUACAGGUGCAAGAUUUCUCAUAA